AACUCACUGCGUUUGUCCAGCCCUCACUUCCACCGCUACACAUCUCAUCAUUCCGAUCCAACCUUCCAGUGGGAAAGAGUCAAAUGCGAAGAUUUUCGGGAAAUGUACUAAGGGUUGAUAGUGUAUUGUGUCUAUCUGUGAUUGCAUUGCUUUUUCCAAAUGUCGCGUGUGGAUCUGUGCAGAUCGGUGCUCAAACAACAACAUCUGAAAGAUGCCAAACUAACAGACGAAGACAAGUUUUAUGAAUCCUCCACCGUCGACAGCGGGUUCAUUUCCGGAGGAAACUUGACCCUUUCCGGCGAGAUCAGGUCCGAAGAGGUGACUCCAGAGGAACCCGAGGAAAGUGGCUACAUGCGUUUGGACAGCGGGGUUGACCUGUCCGAAAGCUUCUCCGGACUCAACAUCAAGAGCCCGGACCUGAACGAUCUCUCCAAGACCAAAUUGGCUCCGGAACCACCUGUUGCCGAAGAGGAAACCGACGAACUCUGGAAGGAAUACUUUCAGCAGGACGAGGAUGGCGAUACGUACCUCCACUUAGCUAUCGCCCAGGGUUUCGUCGAAGUCGUCCUGGCGUUAAUUAGAAGGGCACCGCAUCCUUUAUUGUUGGACACGCCAAACGACAACGCACAAACACCUAUCCAUCUUGCCACUUCUAUAGGCCAUUGGAGGAUAGUCAGAUGGUUAGUGGUAGCUGGUGCCAAACCGUCACCAAGAAAUAUCAGAGGAGACUCUCCUCUGCAUAUCGCCGCAAGAAACGGCGACGUUCUAUGUUGCAAAGCCCUAACGGAACCCGUCAAAGAACAGGAACGCUUGGCUUUAGGGUUGAGUUACCCCAAACAACCUUACCAUGAAGUCAAUCUCGACCAGUGGAAUUACGAAGGUCAAACAUGUGUGCAUGUAGCGGCCAUCGGGGGCCACAUCGACGUACUGCGCCACCUCGUGUGGUACGGAGCCGACAUUAACGCCCGAGAAGGUCGUCAGGGUUACACCGCCCUCCACUACUCGAUAGAAAGGGGCGAUGAACGUCUGGCGCAUUUUUUACUCGGCGAAUGCAAGAAACUGAACGCCGACGCCGUGACGUACGGCGGAAACAGCGCCCUCCAGCUGGGUUUUCCCGUGCCUUCGACGAUUGCGGAGGCGCUGAGGUCCAGAGGCGUGCCGUCACCGUACAGCAGCGACGAUGAGUUCAGCGAUAGCGAAAGUGAAUCCGAAGUAACGUACGACAACAGUGCGAUGUUUGUCCACAACUUGAUUGACGCAAGUGCGUAGAGAGAGAAAUUGAGAAUCGAUGAUGAGAAACACAACACGAUCAGCCUCCGAGGUAGCGAGCGACGAAGAGAAAGAGAAUAAGUUGCCAAAUGUUUGAUACUAACUGUGAUCUAUUAUUACGUCAUCACUGUGUAAUAAACAAAACGUGGCAAUUUUUGUUUCAGAUGAUUGUGUUUUUUUUUCCUGUACAUCUUAGUAGCUACUAUUUCUAUACUACCUGUGAAAGAAAGCCCGAAUAUAUUUUUUUAAUUUAUAAUUUUGUAUAUAAAGCGAGCUGGGAGUUUCUUUCACAAGUAGAGGGAAUUCUUACUAUGUAAUCGUGACGUUCUAUCACGAAAUUUAUUAUUAAGACUAAACGUAUAUGAAAUUUUGUGUUCUCAUAUAAAUUAUUUAGUUAAAAAUUACAAUCUGUUAUAUUUA